AUGUACAAUUAAGAUAUUGAUUACGAAUAGAAUUUAUAAACCAAAUAGGUUUCAACGCUUCUAUCAGAUUAUAAUCCUUAAACUGAUUUUUCAAAGAAUAAGCAUGACAUAAUAUCACCAAAUUAGUAGGAAAUAGACCUUUUAUCAAAAUGCAAGAGAACAAUAUCUCUGCUCAAAAUGCACUAAAGAAAUUCUUCUAUUGAAAUAAAUUAAUAGCAAAUAAAUAAUAAUAAAGAGAACUCCAAUCCUAAUAGACCAUAUUUUGAACCUUAAUAGGUAGUAAAUGAAAAAUAUCUAUAAAAUGAAUAGCCUCUGCUUAUUGAUUAUAAAAAAUUAGAAUAUAAAAUUAAGGAUUAGGAAUAAGUAAUGAAUCAACUAACUUAAAUAAACCAAAAAUUGCAAAUCAAUUUAUAAAAUUGCUCUAAAGAAAUGCAGUAGCUAAGAGAAAUAAUAAAAUAAAAAGAUUAAAUUGUAAUCGACCAAUAAAAUUAGGUUUAAAACAUGCAACUAACCUUAUAAUAAAUAAAAGACGAUAUGCUAAUAAAAGAAUAAUAAAUAAUCAGUAGAUGUUCAAUUUAAAAUAAUGAAGUUGUAGAUAAACUAAAAAAAUAACAUGAAAGCUAAGUUGAAUAGCUUAAAUAGAACUAAUAAUAAAAUAGUGAAAACUUAACUCAAAUCAUAAAUGACUUAAUAAAAGACUAAGAAAAGCUAAAAAAGAAAAUAGAGAGUCUUGAAAAAAAGAAUAGAGAUCUUGAAAAUAUUAUUAAUUCUAAAAAUAAAAUAAUUGGAAAAAUCAAUAAUCAAAAAAGCAGUGAAUAUGAAAGUACUAUUGAAGAAAAAAAUAAGGAAAUAUUAUAAUUGUCAUAAACUAUUAAAGAAUUAAAAAAAAAUGUAAAAUAAGAAGAUAAAAUAGUAAAAGACUUAUCCUCUAAGGAGUAGUAACUCAACUUAAAAGUCAUUUCUUUAUAAUAGGAGAAUUAAAAGCUUUAGUUUGAAAUAAAAAAAGUUAUGAGAUUAAGCUAAUAAGAAAUAAGAAACUUGCUAGAGGAAAAGAAAGAAAAAAAUCAAUAAGCUUUAGAAAAGUAGUAGAAAUAUGAAAAAUUCUUAUAAGUAUAUUAGAAAUAAGUAGAAAAAUUUUAGAAAUAACUAAAUUAAGCAAUUAAAUAAAAAAAACCAAAUAAUAAAUCAGAAAAAGAAGGUGAGAAUUAAGUUAAGAAUAACUAUUUAUCUACUUAGAGAAGUUAAAGAGGUGUUACAACAGAAAGAUCUAAAAGAAGUUAAAGUGCUUUUAACUCUAAAAAGUAAAUACAAAGUAGUGCUUCAAUAGCAGGCUACAACUCAUAAAAUGAACAUUAUUCAGAAAAAAGAUCAAAUCCUUAACAAAUUGAAGCCUUUACUUACAGGCAGUAGUCAUGCUAACAAGGAUAAGAUCCUUAUUUUUAUAACUAAUUAAAUUAAAUUGAAUAAAUAUAAUUUAUUGAAGAUGAUCAAACCUAAUUAAAUAAUCUCUAUAACAUAAAUUAAGAAAGUGAUAAAAACGAUGAGGAGGAUUUUAUUUUACACUAAAAAAUUAUAGAGCUCUAAAAGUAGUUAAUUGAAAAAUAAAAUGAAAAUUUAUUGCUUCAGGAAGAAUACAUAAAAGAAAAUAAAUAAAUUAAUGAAGAUAAUUGCAAUUAAUUCCAAGAAUAUUUAUGA